AGUCAUAAACUCCGCCUAUUUCUACAACUACUCAUUUUAAACUGUGAUUUUGAAUCUAGCCUAAACCAAACUUCUAACAUCAUGCCUAACCGGAAAUUAAGACCGGAAAUAUAUUUAUUUGUAUGCAUUUUUACGUUAAUGACUUUGUGGCUGUGGUAACUAGAGGAAACCUUCGGUAUCUUUCAAAAACAAAGAUUUUUUUAUGUCAUUCGAGAUAAUAAAUGCUCACUUUUAAGGCACAUAGUGACUGCGACCUGGUUUCGAGAGACUAAUUAAUUCAUAUAGUUUGGGACUAUGAUAUAGUUUGCAUCGGCACAAUUGGGCAGUCAAAUAUUAUGAAGAUAGAGGUGGCGUAUUUCAGCUAAAGCUUGGCAGUGAAACGACUUUUUAUAAAAAUGGCGUCGACCAAUGCUACCUAUCCCAUAGUAUAGUAAACUCACAUGUAACGUGGUAUAUUUGUUGCUACAUUUAUCGAGCAGACUUUUCCCCAAACAGAAAUGUUUGUCGCUCGAAGUAUUGCAGCGGACCACAAGGAUCUUAUUCAUGAUGUUUCAUAUGAUUUCCAUGGCCGGAGAAUGGCAACUUGCUCUAGUGACCAAAGUGUCAAGGUGUGGGACAAGAGUGACAACGGAGAGUGGAACUGCACUGCCAGCUGGAAGACCCAUAGUGGAUCAGUGUGGAGGGUGACCUGGGCCCAUCCAGAGUUUGGUCAGGUGCUGGCCUCCUGCUCCUUCGACCGGACCGCUGCUGUGUGGGAGGAGAUCGUUGGGGAGUCCAAUGACAAACAGCGAGGACUCAGUCACUGGAUCAAGAGGACCACUCUGGUGGACAGCAGAACGUCGGUGACUGACGUGAAGUUUGCUCCUAAACACAUGGGUCUGAUGCUGACCACGUGCUCAGCAGAUGGGGUUAUGAGGGUCUACGAGGCUCCAGACGUAAUGAACCUCAGCCAGUGGUCCCUGCAGCAGGAGAUCUCCUCUAAACUCAGCUGCUCCUGUAUCUCCUGGAGCCCCUCCAGCUCCCGUGCCCACGCCCCCAUGAUAGCAGUGGGCUCUGAUGACAGCAACACAGCAUACAGCGGGAAAGUUCACAUCUAUGAAUACAUUGAAAACACAAGGAAGUAUGCUAAGGCAGAAAAUCUGAUGACGGUGACAGAUCCAGUCCAUGACAUUGCCUUUGCUCCCAACUUGGGACGCUCUUUUCACGUGCUCGCCAUCGCCACCAAAGACGUACGCAUCUUCAAGCUGAUACCACUGAGGAAAGAGUCUGCAGCGGGGUCGUCUGGUCCCACUAAGCUGCAGGUUCAGAUCCUGGCCCAGUUUGACAACCACAACUCCCAGGUGUGGAGAGUCUCCUGGAACAUCAGCAGCACCCUGCUUGCCUCCUCAGGGGAUGAUGGCUGUGUCCGGCUCUGGAAAGCCAACUACAUGGAUAACUGGAAGUGUACAGCCAUCCUGAGAGGAGAUGGUAGCCCAGUGACGGGCUCUUCCAGUCAGGCUGCAGUCCCCAGCACAGCAGGGGGACCACAACAUGUCCUGCUGCAAGCGUCCUCCGCUGGAAGAAAGAAAGCUCAGCUGAUACCUGGCUAACAGAGUGGCUUGAUGCUGCUGCUUGUUGCAUGAACACACACACACACACACACAGGAAUGGAAAGGGAACUCCCUCACCCUGCAGACCAACCUCCCAGAAACACCUCUGAACCCUUUUUUAUGCUAAUCAAGAACCACACUGACUCCUAGAUCAGGGUUCUAGAUCAAAGUUCCAGGGUGGAUUUUAUGUCAAUAUUGACUGUUAUGCUACUGAAUGAAGUAUCCUGUUGGGGUGUAUCUGACUGUAGAACUACUUGGGAGUAUGGGUUUAGGUGUGGUGAGAGAGAGGGAACCACUGGUGACAUUGCGGUGGGUUCUAAGACGUAAUGGGUGGGUUUAGGUGUGGUGAGAGAGGGAACCACUGGUGACAUUGCGGUGGGUUCUAAGACAUAAUGGGUGGGUUUAGGUGUGGUGAGAGAGGGAACCACUGGUGACAUUGCGGUGGGUUCUAAGACAUAAUGGGUGGGUUUAGAGUAACUUUACAAAAAUGUCUCGGUUUCCCAGAAAUCCAGGUUGGAACAUUCCUGGAAUUAGGAGAGAAUAAGCAGGAAAUCCCAGAACCUUUUUUUCCUUGAAAACCAGGGAACUUGCAACCCUAAGUUUUGCAACCAUAUGUGGGUUCUAGUUAGUUCUAGGUAAUAUUUUGGAGGGUUCUGCAUAAUGUAAAUUACCCUGUGGUUCUGCCUGGUGGAUGAGGUAGUUCUGCCUGGUGGAUGGGGUGGUUCUGCCUGACUGACUGACUGGUGGAUGAGGUGGUUCUGACUGACUGACUGGUGGAUGAGGUGGUUCUGCCUGGAUGACUGGUGGAUGAGGUGGUUCUGCCUGGAUGACUGGUGGAUGAGGUGGUUCUGCCUGGAUGACUGGUGGAUGAGGUGGUUCUGCCUGACUGACUGACUGACUGGUGGAUGAGGUGGUUCUGACCGGUGGAUGAUGUGGUUCUGCCUGGAUGACUGGUGGUUGAGAAGACGACGUCUGAGACUAACGUUAAAAUCUUUGGGGCGAUGAAUAAUUUAUGAAAAACAAUUAAUUCUGUAUAAUAAAGUUUGUUUAAUCCAGUGUU